AUGAUCACAUCGCCCGCAUUUUCUGUCCUGAGAAAUAGUAUCGCGAAUCCGGUGUGGGAGAACAGUUAUUCAGGGGAGAAGAGCGCAGCGAGAAUAAACAAGCCAUUUCUUCACUUCGUAUCUCCCUCAGACCCUUUACGGCAGGCUAAUCGUAUACCCAUAAAGAUUUUGAAAAUGCUUACCGCACGGGGAGGACACAUUUUGCACCCGGAGUACCUUCAACCUUUGCCAUCAACUCCUAUCAGUCCCAUCGAGGUAAGCACUACGUUGGCCACAGGCUACAGGGGACGGGAUAAAAAAGGGAUUGCAAAAGUGUGAUUUUGGGCAGUUAUUACUUUUGAAUGAAUGUUUUUCUAUCUAUGUUUUCAGAUUUCAAAAUAUCGGUACUAUUAGGGCAUUCGAGUUGUGUCUAUAUACGUUUAUUAUCAUAUAGUUAUUGUAAAUUGAACUGCAUUCUUUUGAAAAAAAAGGUUAUGGAUAGAACCCAAAAGCGUUCUAUGAUUGCUUCAUAUAUGGCACCCCUAAAGAUUCUAACCCUUUGAUCGAACCCAAGGGGUUUUUCUUCGCUGAACCAAAAUUGGUUCCAUAUAAAACCCUUGGGUUCCAUAUAGGGUUCUAUAUGGAACAAAUGUCGGUUCUAUAUAGAACCUUAAGGGGUGCCAUAUAUGAAGGCUAUAAUAACCUUAUGCGCAAUGCGUUAAACUCGUGCGUAAUUAACGGAGUUCUCCAAGGGCACAUAAUACACUGAAUAAACAUGAACAUAUUGUUUGGUUUUGAAACACCCCAUGAAAAAAACAUUACAGUCAAAACUUGAAUAAUAAAUAUUAUUUUAUCUUAUUUCGCAGCUGGACGCCAAGAAAAGUCCGUUGGCUCUCUUGGCACAGACCUGCUCACAAAUCGGCAAACCAGACCCUCCGUCCUCUUCCAAACUCUCAUCUGUAACCUCAAAUGGAUCUAGUGACAAAGAGACCAAAUCCGGACCACUAAAAAUGAGUGACAUUGGAAAUGAAGACAAAUCUAGCUUCAAACCAUACUCCAAAUCAUCGGAGAAGAACAAGGACUCCUCGUCCGGCAGUGGUAGUCUGAGUGGAGAUAAAGCUAGUUUCCGAGUGCCUAGCGCCACCUGCCAGCCGUUCACCCCCAGGACAGGCAGCCCCAGCUCCUGCCGCUCUGUGUCUCCGCUGCCAUCUGAGGGUAAGCAGGGAGACAAGGACGAAAAGAAUAAGGAAUCUGAUAGUAAUAAAAACAGUACACUGGAGGGAAACGGAAACGGUAGUCACAGCCGGAUAUCUGGGAUUAACGGUGAGGCUAACCAACACCAGGAGACCACUUCUGGAUCAAAGGCUAUCACAUCAGACUCACUCACAUCUGUCUCCUCUGCAUCAUCUAUUCAUCUUCUGGGUUCAGGAGGACUCGUAGCGCCCGUCUCCCCCUAUAAACCUGGGCACACCGUUUUCCCCCUAUCGCCUGCUGGCAUGUCCUACCCUGGAAGUUUAGCAGGUACAUACGCAGGCUAUCCCCAACACUUUCUCCCUCACGGAAUGACUUUAGACCCGACGAAAUCUAGCAGUCAACUACUUAGUGCUCAGUUCGCCGCUGCCAGCCAACUUCAGUGCAAUAAGGCUGGGAGCCCGUUGUCCAGGGCUUCUCCUCCGUCCCUAAUGUCUGCUAGCCUGUGUAGAGACCCGUACUGCCUGAGUUAUCACUGUGCAAGCCACUUAUCCGGUGCUUCCAGUGCCUCACAGUGCCAUGAGUCCUCGGCUCUGAAGUCAGGAUACCCUCUCAUGUACCCAACUCACCCUUUGCACGGCGUGCAUUCCUCGCCGCCAUCUUUUGCUGGACACCCGUUAUACCCCUAUGGCUUUAUGCUCCCAAAUGACCCUCUGCCACACGUCUGUAAUUGGGUGUCGGCUAACGGACCUUGUGACAAACGGUUUUCUUGCUCAGAAGAGCUUCUCAAUCACCUAAGGACUCACACUGCUUUUGCGGGGACGGAGAAGUUGAUAUCAGGAUACCCAGGUUCAUCAUCACUAGCCAAUGCUGCCGCGGCCGCAAUGGCUUGCCAUAUGCACAUGCCUCCAAACGGGGCCCCGGGCAGCCCUGGAACGCUCACCCUCAGGAGCCCGCAUCACCCUCUGGGACUGAGCACACGCUAUCACCCCUAUUCAAAGAGCCCCAUGCCCCCCGGCGCGUCGGUUCAGAUGCCCGCUGCCACAGGUCCAUAUUAUUCUCCCUAUGCAUUGUAUGGACAGAGACUCACCACGGCAUCAGCGUUAGGAUACCAGUAG